GUCACUACCUAAACCUAAUUUUAACCAAGAGAAAAUCUUUUGAAUGUUUGUUGAUUUUUUAAUCGUUAUUUUUUUGUGUAUACUGUUUUUUGUAUAAAGUUAUUUGAGAAGUUAAAUAAUUAUUAGUUAUUUGUAAAUUGUAAUUACAUUCUCUUAUGAUAAUUCACUAUGUCACAACACGGUGCCGCUUUACAAACUUAUAAUCAAGAAUUAGUCAAAUGCUUGGAAGACAUGAAAUCGCGUCGACUAGAAUUACAAGUACAAAUUGAAGCCGAAGAGGAUGAAAAAAAUAAUUUGCAGCGUGAGAUUGAGAAAAUGUCUUACAAAUUAACGCGCAUAAAUGAUAGUCUUGCCAAAAGAACAGCAGUUCGAAAUGAAUACGAUCGAACAAUUGCCGAAACGGAAACCGCCUAUGUAAAGAUUCUCGAAAGCUCGCAACUUUUAUUGAAUAUGCUAAAAAGAGAGGCAACAAGUUUAGACCAAUCUCUUGUAAAAGCAAAUAUGGAAAAACAAUGUCGACAAUAAAAAAAAAUAAUGUUAGGUUUUGAUAAAGUAAAUAUUUAUUAAAAUAUUUUGUAUAUAAUUAUAUAACUGACGCUAAAGAUCAAUAAUUUCGAUCGAUUAGAAAAAAUUGUAUAUAUAUAAAUCAUACAUAUGUCAUGUUAAAAAUAUUUUUCUUAUUUACAUGACAAAAAACAAAAUGAAAGAUUUUUCCAAAUAUUGGAAUUCUACGUAUGCAUAAAUAAGAAUUAUUAUUUUUUUUUUUUUGAAAAUAAUUCUCUUAUCAUUGUGAAGUGAAAUGUCGCUAUAAUUGAAACUAUGAUACCUCUCAUUAUUAUUUGUAAAGACUGAUUCCACUAAUGGAAUAUUGUAUAAAUGAGAAAGUAUUAAUUAAAAUAGAAUGUAAUAUUUUGUAAAAUAUAGUUAAAUAGACUUUAAAAAUUUUUUUAAAUAAGUUGCGUUUGAAAGAAAUUAAAAAUGUGAUCUUUCAAUAUAGUGACACAAUUAAAGCAAUCUUUUUUAUUUUUA